GAACAAAACAAAAAGACUUAUUCAUCAAUCUAAAAAUUCUAUAUAAACACCUCAAAUCUUUUUAAACAUAUAAUAACAAUCUCUACUUAAUUUAGUGAAAACCCUUGUACACCACCAAACCAAACACAUACAUACUUGUUCUACUAUUCACUACAUUCAUCCCUUUUUUUUUCAGAAACUCAUCCUUCAUUAUAACUUCAAAAAUGGAGUUGGGUUUUAUUUCCAAGACAAUAAUUAACAUUUUAGGGGUGAUUUUAGUUAUAAUUUUAAUGGUGAGAAGAAUUAAUAGUUGGGUGUAUGAAUAUAAACUUGGUGAAAAAAGACAUAAUUUACCACCAGGUGAUUUGGGUUUGCCUUAUAUUGGUAAUAUGUGGUCCUUCCUUAGAGCUUUCAAGUCUACUAAUCCUGAUUCCUUCAUCAACACUUUCAUCACCAGAUACGGAAAGACAGGAAUUUACAAAGCCUUCAUGUUUGGGAGUCCAAGUAUAAUAGUUACCUCAGCUGAAACAUGUAGAAAAGUGUUAAAUGAUGAUGAAAAAUUCAAACCUGGUUGGCCUGAGUCAACUGCAGAGUUGAUCGGACGACAAUCAUUCAUCGCCAUUUCGUACGAAGAACAUAAACGUUUAAGGAGGGUGACAUCUACUCCUAUUAAUGGACAUGAAGCUCUAUCUCAAUAUGUUGGUUACAUUGAAAGCAUUGUGCAAACUAGUCUUGAAAAAUGGUGUAAAAUGGGUGAUAUUGAGUUUUUAACUCAUCUUAGAAAGCUAACUUUCCAGAUUAUCAUGUAUAUCUUUCUAAGUUCGGAGAGUGAACCUGUAAUGGAGGCUCUUGAAAGAGAGUAUUCAACACUUAACUAUGGUGUUAGAUCUAUGGCAAUCAAUCUACCAGGAUUUGCUUAUCAUAAAGCACUUAAGGCUAGAAAGAGACUUGUGGCGGUUUUUCAAUCGAUAAUAGAUGAACGAAGGGCGUUAAAAAGAGACGGAGUUGCUAUCGAGGCCAAGAAAGAUAUGAUGGAUGAUUUGCUGGAAGUUGAAGAUGAGGAUGGAAGAAAAUUAACUGACCAGGAAAUCAUUGAUGUAUUAGUGAUGUACUUGAAUGCCGGACAUGAAUCGUCUGGUCACACCAUGAUGUGGGCUACUGUCUUGCUGCAGCAACAUCCUGAAGUUCUGCACAAAGUCAAGGCUGAGCAAGAAGAGAUAGUGAAAAAUAGGCCAGCUAAUCAGAAAGGACUGACACUGAAAGAAGUCAGACAAAUGACCUAUCUUUCUCAGGUUAUUGAUGAAACGCUGCGAUGGCUAACAUUCUCGUUUGUAGUCUUUCGAGAGGCGAUAUCAGAUGUGAAAAUAAACGGAUAUACAAUUCCUAAAGGAUGGAAAGUUUUGGUGUGGUUUAGAACUUGUCAUUUGGAUCCAGAAACUUGGCCUGAACCUAUGAAGUUCAAUCCUUCUAGAUGGGAUGAUUUUGUCCCUAAAGCUGGAACGUUUUUACCCUUUGGCGCGGGAAGCAGAUUAUGCCCGGGAAAUGAUCUUGCAAAGUUAGAAAUUUCGAUCUUCCUUCACUAUUUUAUCCUUAAUUACAGGCUAGCAAGGGUAAAUCCUGAUUGCACAGUGCAGUACUUACCGCACAGAAGGCCUAAAGAUAACUGCCUGGGAAAAGUCAUAAAAAUAUGAGCAUAUUCUAGUUUUUAUAUAUAUAUAUAUAUAUAUAU